CGGGUCACCAGGCAUCAGGUCAUUUGGCUCGACAGCGGGCACCGCGUCAUCUGGCAAGGCAGUGGGCUCUCCGAGUCAACAGGCACGACAGUGGGCACCGGGUCAUCAGGUACCGGAUUGUCUGGCUCGACAGCAGGCAUCGGGUCACCAGGUAUGACAGCGGGCACUGGGUCACCAGGCAUCAGGUCAUUUGGCUUGCCAGCGGGCACCGCGUCAUCUGGCAAGGCAGUGGGCACCGGGUCACCAGGCAUUGGAUCGUCUGGCUCGAUAGCGGGCAUCGGGUCACCAGGCAUCAGGUCGUUUGGCUCGCCAGCGGGCACCGCGUCAUCUGGCAAGGCAGUGGGCACCGAGUCACCAGGUACGACAGCGGGCUCUGAGUCAAUUGGCACGACAGCGGGCACCGGAUCAGGUACCGGAUCAUCUGGAUCAACAGCGGGCAUCGAGUCAACUGGC